UCCCUCGUGAAGAUUCGUGUCUCCCUCCGGUUGUACACGUAUGAGGCCAUGUCCUGGUUCCCUGAAAAAAGAACUCAGGACUCGUGGGUACAUCGAUUCUGUUCGAGCAUACUGAAGUGUGGUCCAAUACCUAAUCAUGUUGCAUUUAUCAUGGAUGGAAACAGAAGAUUUGCAAAGAAAAACAGUAUGGAAAGUGCAGAAGGUCAUUUGAAAGGAUUUGAUAAACUGGCGGAGACAUUGGAAUGGUGUCUACAUCUCGGCAUCAAAGAGGUGACGGUGUAUGCCUUCAGCAUCGAGAACUUCAAACGCUCGCGAGAUGAGGUGGAUUGUCUUAUGGAACUAGCUCGACAGAAGUUUGCCAGGCUACUGGAAGAAAAGGAGUUAAUACAGAAGCAUGAAGUGUGCGUACGGGUCCUCGGGAACCUGGCCCUGCUGCCAGAGGAUGUGCAGAGAACUGUGGCAGAGGUCGUCAAUCUUUCCAAGAACAACACCAGGGCCAAAUUGAAUGUGUGUUUCUCAUACACAUCACGGGAGGAGAUCUGUACAGCCAUGAGGGAGCUCGCGGAGGGUGUAGAGCAGGGACUCAUCAGAGAAACUGAUGUAUCUGAAGAGCUACUGGAGCGCUGCCUAUACACAAAUCAGUCUGUUGAGCCCGACCUGCUCAUACGCACCUCUGGUGAGGUCCGCCUUAGUGACUUCCUUCUCUGGCAGAGUACGUUUAGUGUGCUGUCAUUCCUUGAGGUCCUGUGGCCGGACUUCAGUAUCUGGCACAUGUACGCUGCCAUUCUUCACUACCAGCGGAGCUACGCAGGCAUUCAGGAUGCAAAGGAGGAAAAUCAUCGCCUGAAGGACCAACUGAGUCAAGAAUCUGAUAAAGAGAGCAUCCUUCAAGAGACAAUAUGUUCCUGUGGUGACAAGGACCAAUCAGAACAGUGUUGCCAUAGUGAUAAAUGUGACCUUGACCUAGUGUCCCUUAGAGAUAAGUUGAACCGGUUUGUGGGGGAGAGGAAGCAGAGGGAAGAAGAGUUUAUACAGAAGCUGAACCAGAAAAGAGACGCAUUUUUAGAAAAUAAGUUACCCGCGAGAGUCAAAUGAUGUUGCAAUUGAAUGAUUUUUGUAUUUAAAAGGACUGUUUUAAACCCCAAUGUAAAUAGAACAUCUAAAACAAAUGUUAUUUAUUUAAGUAAAAAUGCUGAAAUGACUUUAAAGCAAAGAGCAGCAUGAAUGUGUUUGUGGAUCAAAUGUAUUUAUGUAAUCACAUGCCUGACUAGCAUGCAAGGAUGGUCAAAGUGCAUUUCCCUUUAAAGACUAUGUGUGAUUCAUGCUAAUAGCAGCUUAAUUAAGCUUCUAUAGAGCACAGUUAAUAAAGCAAACAACACACCUCUUACAUCAUAUUAUACUAAAGAAGUCAAUAUUUAGAAAAUUGAUUUUGUUGCAGACGCCUCCUUGGCUUAUAUCAUCACUUUUUUAUUCCAAAAUAUGAUUAGCUCUUUGUAUAUUAUGAAUCAAUUUUGUUACAUGUAUAUUAAAUAAUGAAUUAUUUAUACAAGAAUUAUAUGUGUUUAUUCAGA